AUGAAUUGCGCACCAAAGGCGGGACGCCGGGCGGCCGCAAUCAUGGGCCGGCUGCUUCGACGUCAGAGCUCCGUGGCUCAGGCACCUGGCCUCCGAUCAUAUCCUGUCAUUGGCAGUAUGCUCAACCUCCCGGCAGAGAACGUGUGGCAUCUGCAGCGGCGGGCGGCGCGCGCGAAUGCGCCGGACAUUUAUUUGAUGUUCGCAAACGGCUACUCCAAAAUGGGCCAUUUCUAUACGAUGGGGUUUCCUGGCGUCGGAGAAGGUGUGCACGGCACCAUCUACAUCUGCUCCGACCCGGAGGAGUACCGGAUGCCCGGCGCAGACGAGCCCGGCGGCGCCACGCGUGGCGCGCUAAACAUCUUCGGGCACGGCGAGGCCUGGCGGCAGGAGCGCAUGUUCUUCCAGCAAGACCUGCAGACGCCAAAGGCCGCACGAGGAUACAUCCCGGGGCUCGCCAAGGCGGCACAGCUUGCGAGCCGGGGCGCUCCGGCCUGCGCCGACUCGAUGGACAGCUUCGCAGCCCGCAGCAGCUUCGACCUCUUCACCGCCGCGUUCUUUGGGCAGCUGAUCGAGUCGGCCGACCCCGCGACGCCAUCCCUGCCGGGCAACCUCGAGUUUGCGGAGGCGACAGACAGAUGA